AUGGGCAUUAACAUGGCCGAAAGCAAGCCAGCAAAGCCGACGCUGCUCACCCUUCCACAGGAAAUGCGCGACAACAUCUACUACUUUACCUUCCACGAUGUCAAAGUCGACCUCAAGCGCUCAAAUCUGGUCACGAGCAAUGCCGGACUGGUCGCAACAUGUCACCAUGUCCGAAACGAAGCGCUCGCCGUCUACUACAAGGAGAGCAUCUUGAUCGUACGCGAAGCUCUUCCUUCUCAACUAUUCAGGAUCAUGCGCCAAUCACCCGCACUCCUCAUCCCAAUUAUCGCAACCCUGCGCAUUUCGCCCGCCGUACUCGGGUCCACCGAAGUUUUUACUGGGAAGCUUUGGAUUCCCGGCGAUCAAAUGACUACGGAAAAGCUGCUUGAUGUGAAUCGAAAGUCGAUCAAGGACCAGCGGCAGUUCUGGCGAGGUUUCCUCGAGUCUCACGACAUCAAACUCCAGAAGAGCGCGCUGCAGGGUCGAGUGGUGGUGAGAGAUGGUGUUGUCAACAUGGAAGUUUGGACUGCGGAGCCGAAUAGUGUGGUUACACCCAUGUGGCGAGGUGCACAAGUGGUUGGCAUUAUGGACGCAGUAUUCAUCACAGGAUGGACAAGCGGGAACUUAGGUCUGUUAUAG